UUCUACUACAGUUUUAUAAUUGUUUAACAGUAACGUUUAUUUAAAUGUUAGUUUAGCGAUUCAUAAACAUUGAUCAGUAAAAUAAUCGAAAAUGAUUCGUAAACUUAAACCGAAAAUGUGGAAAAGAGAGGAGAUAAUUGUGCUGCUUAAAGUGUACCUAACAGCUAUUGAAGGAUGUGGCGGACAGGACGAGGAUAAUACAUGGGACAUAGUAUCAGAAAAAUUGAAAGACCAAGAAAUCAACGCAUCCGCAGCACAUUGUCGCAGCAAAUGGAAUUUUCUUCUCAAAAUGUAUCUGGCCAACCCAACUCGGGACUGUGCUUUUAAUAAACACAUCAAGCAAAUCCUUGAUACAAUCAAAGAAAUUGCCGAGAAGGAUGAUAUCAAGCAGAUGGAGGAAGUGAACGAAGCGCUUGAUCAUGAUAAAAAUGUUUCAAAUGAAGGCGAUGAAAGUGUUUCAUACAUGUUGGAAGAAUUGGACAAUGAUAGCGACGAUCAAACUCCACCCGUUGAUGUACAGAUCGAAGCAGCGACGGAAGAUGAUGUUGUUAUGGCCCUUCUUCAAAAGCUUUCCAGUAAGAUAGACACACUAACCGAGAUGCAACAACGUCAUGAAGCCAACAUUCAAGAAAUUCACCGAUUACAAUUGGAUACUUAUGAAAGUUUAUUGAAAAUAAAAGAUCGCCUGGGUAUGGACAUGUAA